GCGUGGGCCUUUUGCAGAGAACUUUCCUCUCAAAGAGAGAGGUACUGAAUCAAAUUGACAUGCUCCGGCCGGCGGAACAUGUCAGACGCGCACCCAGUACCAUUUCCAGCCCAGCGAAAAGUCCGCGCGCCCAUCGCUCCAGACUAUAAAAUCUGCCGCGCGCACCCAUUCCCCUCGCAUCCAUCUCAACAAGCUCCUCCUGAAAUCUGAAGCAAGCACCACCCGGCGUAGCUAGCUUCCUACACUGUCUGUAGCCAGUCGCUACCUGACUACCUCUUCACCGGUCACAUAGCUCGUACACUCAUACACGUACACGCGCAUGGCCGCUUCGUCUUGCAUGUCUUCCCUCGGUUUGUUGUUAGCCGCGCACUGCGCCCUCCUGCUCGCCUUGGCUGGAGCGGCUCAUGGCCACCCUCAUCUCGCCGGCUCGGCGCUGAGCUCCUCGUUCUACGACGAGUCGUGCCCCGGCGCCUACGACAUCGUCCGGCGCGUCAUCCAGGAGGCCCGGGUCUCCGACCCGCGCAUCCCGGCCAGCCUCACCCGCCUCCACUUCCACGACUGCUUCGUCAACGGUUGCGACGGCUCUCUUCUGCUGGACGACGACCUCCCGAUGAUCCAGAGCGAGAAGCACGUGCCCGCCAACAACAACUCGACGCGCGGCUUUCCCGUGGUCGACGACAUCAAAUGCGCGCUGGAGAACGCGUGCCCCGGCAUCGUAUCCUGCGCCGACAUCCUCGCCCUGGCAGCCGAGAUCUCUGUCGAACUCGCCGGAGGCCCCGGCUGGAGGGUGCUGCUCGGCCGGCGAGACGGCACGACGACCAACAUCGAGAGCGCCAAUAACCUCCCCAGCUUCACCGACCCCCUGGACAAGCUCCAGGAGAAGUUUAGAAACGUCAACCUCGACGACACUGACCUCGUCGCCCUCCAAGGAGCGCACACAUUCGGUAAAGUGCAGUGUCAGUUCACGCAGCAGAACUGCACGGCCGGACAGGCCCAGGGUGCACUGGAGAACCUGGACCAGGUCACACCCAAGGUUUUCGACAACAAGUACUAUGGCAACCUCUUGCAGGGCCGCGCCCAGCUCCCGUCGGACCAGGUUAUGCUGUCUGACCCCGCUGCGCCGACGACCACCGCCCCCAUUGUUCACUGGUUCGCAAGCAACCAACGUGAUUUCUUCAGAAACUUCGCAGUAUCCAUGAUUAAGAUGGGGAACAUCAGCCCACUGAUGGGGAGAGAUGGAGAGAUCAGGACGAACUGCCGGAGGGUUAACAACAAAGGCUACUGAAGACUCCAAUUCAAUUCGAUUGGUUUCUUUUUUAACCAAUUGUGAUGCCUGUGUACAUCAUCCGUUCAAUUCCAUUUCUCAUUAUUUGUAACUGUAAAGUGUUCCCUUUUUUCCUUUUCGGAAAAGCAAAUGUGAAAAUGUUCU